AAAAACGCGGAUAAAAUGGUAAAUUCGGCAUGACAACACAUCCAUAAUCAGACAAAACAAUCCGAAAGUGUUCCCCUGGCAUCCCACAGGCUCGCCUUCUUGUUUAAUUGAACAGCUGUUUUAAUGGCAAUAUCGUAAAUUUAGUAAUAACGACGAGCCCAGAUUUAGUCCGUAUUUUAAUUUAACCACUUUGUCACCCAUUAGUUAGUAGUUCUCUCAUUUUUUUUUCUUAUUAUUAUUAUUUUUUCCAAAAAAAAGAAAGUAAAUAAAUAAAUAUUCAGGAAGAAAAAGCCUGUAGAGAGAGAAGAAGAAGAAGAAGAAGAAGAAGACGACGAAGUCGAGAGAAAGAAAUAAUGGCGGAGGAGACGAUGGAGAACGAAGAGAGGGUGAAGCUGUUCGUCGGACAAGUUCCGAAGCACAUGACGGAGAUUCAGCUCCUCACAUUGUUUCGAGAAUUCUCCAUCGUCAAUGAAGUCAACAUCAUUAAAGAGAAGACAACACGAGCUCCUCGAGGAUGUUGUUUUCUGACAUGUCCUACAAGGGAAGAUGCUGACAAGGUGAUCAAUAGUUUUCAUAACAAGAAGACAUUGCCUGGGGCAUCUAGUCCGUUGCAAGUUAAGUAUGCAGAUGGCGAGUUGGAAAGACUAGAUGUUCUUGACUGUUCGUGCAAUCCAGAGCACAAACUUUUCGUCGGUAUGCUUCCAAAGAAUGUCUCUGAAACUGAAGUCCAGUCCUUAUUCUCUGAAUACGGAACCAUUAAGGAUCUACAGAUUCUAAGAGGGUCUCUACAAACUAGCAAAGGCUGUCUGUUUCUAAAGUACGAGUCUAAAGAACAAGCGGUCGCAGCUAUGGAAGCCCUCAACGGAAGACAUAUAAUGGAGGGAGCAAAUGUUCCUUUGAUUGUUAAAUGGGCAGACACAGAAAAGGAAAGACAAGCUCGAAGACUUCUAAAAGUUCAAUCUCAUGUCUCCAGACUCGAUCCGCAAAACCCCUCCAUGUUUGGAGCAUUACCUAUGAGUUAUGUUCCUCCUUACAAUGGAUAUGGCUAUCAUGUGCCUGGAACUUAUGGCUACAUGCUACCACCUAUCCAGACUCAACAUGCAUUUCACAAUGUGAUUUCACCUAACCAAGGUAACGGCAGGGCAUUGCAGGGAACCGCUUUGACAGAGUCUGUCCCACCACGUUUGGCCCCCCGCAGAAACUUCCCAACGGCUCUUGGAAAUUACGGUUACCAUGGUCUUCAAUAUCCUAUGGCAUUUCCUAGAGGGAUGAUACCUCCUCGCCUUCCUCUAACCACAGUUUCACCUGGAAUUUCUAAUAACGGCACAUCGAUACCUUCCUCGCUUCAAACAGAAGGACCAGCAGGUGCGAAUCUAUUUAUUUAUAACAUACCUCGGGAAUUCGAGGAUCAAGAACUCGCGGCUACGUUUCAACCUUUUGGUAAGGUUCUAAGCGCCAAGGUGUUUGUAGACAAGGCCACUGGUAUAAGCAAAUGUUUCGGAUUCAUUAGUUAUGACUCACAGGCAGCUGCUCAGAACGCUAUUAACACAAUGAACGGUUGCCAAUUAAGCGGUAAGAAAUUGAAAGUCCAGCUUAAGAGAGACAACGGUCAACAGCAGCAACAACAACAGAGUAAAAACCCGUUAUUUAACGGUUUAUUAAACUCGUAAAAACCACUGACAUCUCUUCAUCAUUAAGAGUUCGCUGUGCGGUUAACGGCAAAUCCGGUUGAGACACUAAGAUGGAUCUUGAUGGAACUGGAGAACAAAAAGUUGAUGGCCGUAAUUAACUAACAUUUGCCAAGUCUGAUCAUGUGGGUCAGAAAUUCUCAAUCACUCAGAAAAGCUGUAUCUUCAUGCAAAAGGAUUCUCUUCCACUCACUCUUCUUCUAUUUUUCUCUUUUCUAAACUUUGUCAAUUUGUGACUUAUGUCUAUCAUUGAAAAGUUCAUGUAUAAAUGUUAUGAUUAUUAACCAUUAUAAUUUCAUUUAUUAAUCUUGUUCAUUCUUAAAAGUCCC